AAAAUAUGCAGCACAGAAGGAGAAGCCAGAAGCUGGAAAUAAGUGAAUCCAGAAGAGAGAGGAAGACACUGCUGUAUCUUGCCAAGUGACAAACUAAGAACCAAGGUUCACAGCAGCCAUCCCUAGAUCCACCAGUCUUUAGGAAGAAAGCAAGUGAUGAUGCCUUGAUUUGAACUUUUCCCCAGCCUCAAACUUUUCAUUCGGUAAUGAUGUGGAGGCUUGUGUCCCUCAAAUGCUUUGUGGCGUUGCUGUCAGCCUUUGAUUGUUUCUGCAACCAUUCCCUAAGCCUGUAAUACAUCCAUGCCACUUGUCUACAGAAAGUUUGAAAGCAGUGAAAUUGAUCUAAACAUUUUUGUGAACAACUGAGCAAGGUACUUGAUUUAAAUCUGUGCAUUGCCAAGAGGAAGGAGCCAACGACAUGGAUAGAGACAAGUUUCAGCAGAAGGCUCUGAAGCAAACUAAGCAGAAGAAAUCCAAGUCGGCUGAAUUUUUGAUGGUUAAAGAAGAUAGAGAAGCUACACAGGGCAUUGUAAAUCCAGCUUUUCACAUGAGCAGCCCAGAUUUCUCAGCAUAUCAGACUUCAGAAGAGGAAGUUAUUAGACAUGACAUGCCAGAUAGGACCCUUGUAGCUCACCAGCAGAAACUCUGGCUGCCAGCCUCUGCUGAAGCAAAAGGAAAUGAAUACAGCAGAAAUUACUUUGACCCACUGAUAGAUGGGGAAAUAAACCCAAGACAGUGUGGGAUGGAGAUCAGCAGAAAGGCACCUCUACAAGUUGAUGAUAGAAUUCUCUAUAAUCAGUUAAUGAAGGUGCUUGAUGAGACUGGAUGAGAAGAAACCCAAGAUAUGAGCAUCAAGUCAGGGACUUUGGAUUCUGAAGCGCCGAUGAGUUCUGAUGAGAGUUGUGAAAACCACAAAGAGACUGAAGAAGCUUUCCCUUCUUACAUUGAGCACUUUGAAAGAUUUGCUCAGAUAGACAUAAUUCUGCUUGUUACCUCUUUAUUAAAAUAGAACAGGUAGUUGGAUUCCUUGAAGAUUACAGGGCUUUUGUUUUUUAUAUCCUCAUUCUGUAAAAGCUAAGCUGAGAAGCAGAAUGCUCACAUGCUGGAUUGGUCUGAGGCUUACCUGCAAGGGGUCAGCACAGUGUCCGAGAGCCCAAUAAGAGUUGAAAUCAAGUCUGAAUUUUUGCCACAUCAUUAUUAGGAAAGAGUAUAAAAACAUUCAAGAGAAUUUAAGUGUUUCACAAAUGUGGCCACUGUUCCCUUCUGACAAUGAAACAUGAUCCUCACUAUUUGCUAAUCUAUAUGUCUUAAAUUACAUGAAAUGU